UGAAGGUGUUCACUGCACGCAUGGCUUCAACCGGACUGGCUUUCUGGUGUGUGGGUACCUGGUGGAGAAGAUGGACUGGAGCGUGGAGGCAGCCGUGGCGGCGUUCACGCAGGCCCGGGCCCCCGGGAUCUACAAGGGAGAGUAUCUCAAAGAGCUUUUCCGUCGUUAUGGAGAAGAGGAGGAUUCACCCCCUGCCCCCGCGCUCCCCGAGUGGUGCUUCGACGACGAUGACGAGGAGGACGUGGACGACGAUGGAAAGUCUGUGGGCCAGGAUUCGGGCCCCAGCUCCUCGGGGUCAUCGGCUGGCAAACGAAAGAAAGAAAAGAUCAAGCUG